AUGGCUGAAGCUGGAAAUUUACUCGUCGCCUCGAAAGACCUCUCACCGGAAGGAACCAUCGCCAUGUCGUCCUCUGCGCAGCCAGCUGUUCCCCUUGAGCAUUCGACAGGCAAAGCCAAUCCGCUGGUCGGAGUGCCCACUACCAAUGUGCGAGCUCCCAAACCCGCCAACCUGGCGUGGCCACAUGCCCGACAAGAGGAUCGUGGUCGUGAUCGCCAAAACGAAAAUGCGUUUUUGGGAACUUGCGCUCCAGUAAGCGGGCCUGCCUCACCAACAUCACCUGGUGGCUCGUCCGAAGCUCUACGAUCACCAAGCCUCUCAGAUCGGCAGAUGUAUGCCUACCGACAGCCAUCAUCUCCGAGUGCGGCGUCGCAAGUGCCUCGCUUGCAUUCGCCCGCCUCUCAGAUUUUUGAGCGGAGUGUCCAAGAGGACAUGCUCCCUUCGCAGGCAUCUCCCUCGAUUCCCGCACACAUCCGCACCGAAAAUUACAUCCCACCAGUGCUCGAGGCAUCCUCUGCUGCGAUUACCGAUGAACAUCUGGACCCGGACUCUGUGGAAAUCGUGACUCACAGUAUUCACCAGCCCGCGGCAGCAGCCAUGACCAGCUCAUCAACAGCGGAUCAGUCCUUGGCUUCUUCUGGCCAUAUCGAUCAAUCGGGGUUCCACUCCUUCGAGACCGAUGAAGCCUCAUCCAUUCAUCCAACGGUGGACUCUACCGACGUUCGACGCUUGAGCUUCAUUUCUUUUGCUGACGUUGUCAAUGCGGAGCAUGCUGAGAAUGGCGAUCUGCUGUACAAUCGUGAGUCCUCCCUGGGAGGCGGCCCUGGCCACUCAUUUGCCGCUGCUCGCUCUCCAUCCCCCUUACGAUCACCGGCUUCCUCGCAUGGAUUGGGCACAUCUCCUCCAACCAGUAUUGCCGCCUCAUUCAAGGGAAUGGAGAUUACGUCCAACAAUGGAAGUCGAGGACCCGGAAGUCCACUUCCCAUGGCCCAAAGUCCAGUUUCAUCCAACUUUGGCGGAGAACUCCAGGUCGAAACCAUGCGCCAGGCUUUACGACGUACUGGUAGCGGUGAUCUCAGUGGGUUUGCUACUCACGCAAGCACUCACAUCGGCGAUGAAGAGACUCCCGACCGCCACCUGUGA